AUGGCUGCUGCCAACAAGGAGCAACCCGCUGGUAUAAGGCGGAACAGGAUGAACUUCUGUGGGGACGGCCCCACAGUGAGGCGUACCUCUGGACCGAUACACAUUGACACUGAAGCCUUCCACACCUUGUUUUUCUUUCACUUGCAGGGAGUCUGGAUUCCCACCUUCGGCUCCUUUGACAUCAUCUCCAGAGAAAUCACGACUGCAAACGUGACUCUGCAGUGGCCCGUGUUUCAGCUGGCUACAAACCUCGUAGCCAUGCACGGCCUCCAGUCCCACGGGGAGUCCCUGCCAGCCUACAGGAAGCUGGAGCCCCUGAAGCGCAGCCAGGUGGCCGCAGAUGCCUCUCUGAGCUGGCACAUAGUGCAGGCUAGCAUCCAGAACACUGUGUUCCUGAUAUCCAGCUGCCUGAAAAUUGGGGAGAAAGUUGCCAUUGUCCUGAAGGACAUUGGAGUGAUCUUCAUUGAUGGAAUGACCUUCCAAAUGAAGUUCUACUAUGACUUCCUCCAGAAGCUGUCAGGGAAAGAGAACCUCAGAAAAGCUGUUCUCAAGGCCCCCUGGCUGAUGAAGAUGGUGAUGUCCCGGGUGGCACCAGUGGCCUCCCUGUCACCCUCUGGCUGCCUCGUUGUCUUUCCAGAGUUUCAAAUGGAGUUGGUGCCCAAACCACCAUCCUUGCCACGCCGCAAGUCCUCAGGAAGCUUCCCUGCUGAGAGGAAACUUAAGGAAGGGGACACUUUGCCACCUCUUGCCCAGGGGCAAGAGAGGUAA